GUCCGUGCCCCUCGCCUGCAGCUGCCAUGGAAGCUCCUCGGACCCUUUAGAAGCUUCUCACUGCCAUCACAGGAGUCCCAAAGAAUGUCCAGUGGGGUCUCCCCAACUGAGCAGGUGGCGGCCGGCGACAUGGAUGACACGGCAGCGCGCUUCUGUGUGCAGAAGCACUCCUGGGACGGGCUGCGUAACAUCAUCCAUGGCAGCCGCAAGUCGUCGGGCCUCAUUAUCAGCAAGGCCCCCCACGACUUCCAGUUUGUGCAGAAGCCUGACGAGUCUGGCCCCCACUCCCACCGUCUCUACUACCUGGGAAUGCCCUAUGGCAGCCGUGAGAACUCCCUUCUCUACUCUGAGAUCCCCAAGAAGGUACGGAAGGAGGCCCUGUUGCUGCUCUCCUGGAAGCAGAUGCUGGACCACUUCCAGGCCACACCUCACCAUGGUGUCUACUCUCGAGAGGAGGAGCUGCUUCGCGAGCGUAAGCGCCUGGGUGUCUUCGGUAUCACCUCUUACGACUUCCACAGUGAGAGUGGCCUCUUCCUCUUCCAGGCCAGCAACAGCCUGUUCCACUGCAGGGACGGUGGCAAGAAUGGCUUCAUGGUGUCCCCUAUGAAGCCACUGGAGAUCAAGACCCAGUGCUCUGGGCCACGCAUGGACCCCAAGAUCUGCCCUGCAGACCCUGCCUUCUUCUCCUUCAUCAACAACAGUGACCUGUGGGUGGCCAACAUUGAGACUGGGGAGGAACGGCGGCUCACCUUCUGUCACCAGGGCUCAGCCAAUGUCCUAGAUGAUCCCAAGUCUGCAGGUGUGGCCACCUUUGUCAUCCAGGAGGAGUUUGACCGCUUCACCGGGUGCUGGUGGUGUCCCACAGCCUCAUGGGAAGGCUCUGAAGGCCUCAAGACACUGCGUAUCCUGUAUGAAGAAGUGGACGAGUCUGAAGUGGAGGUCAUCCAUGUGCCCUCCCCUGCCCUAGAGGAGAGGAAGACUGAUUCCUACCGCUACCCCAGGACAGGCAGCAAGAAUCCCAAGAUUGCCCUGAAGCUGGCUGAGAUCCAGACGGACACACAGGGCAAGAUCGUGUCGAGCUGCGAGAAGGAACUGGUGCAGCCAUUCAGCUCCCUCUUCCCCAAGGUGGAGUACAUUGCUCGGGCUGGCUGGACACGGGAUGGCAGAUAUGCCUGGGCCAUGUUCCUGGACCGUCCCCAGCAACGGCUCCAGCUUGUCCUCCUGCCGCCAGCCCUCUUUAUCCCGUCCCCUGAGAACGAGGCCCAGCGGCAGGCAGCUGCUAGAGCUGUCCCCAAGAACGUGCAGCCCUUCGUCAUUUAUGAAGAAGUUACCAAUGUCUGGAUCAAUGUCCAUGACAUCUUCCACCCAUUCCCGCAGGCCGAGGGCCAGCAGGAUUUCUCCUUCCUCCGUGCCAAUGAGUGUAAGACUGGCUUUUGCCACCUGUAUAAGGUUACUGUGGAACUUAAAACCAGUGACUAUGACUGGACGGAACCCCUCAGCCCCACAGAAGAUGAGUUUAAGUGCCCAAUCAAGGAGGAGGUUGCACUGACCAGUGGCGAGUGGGAGGUCUUGUCUCGCCAUGGCUCCAAGAUCUGGGUCAACGAGCAGACGAAGCUGGUGUACUUCCAAGGCACAAAGGACACACCCCUGGAGCAUCACCUCUAUGUGGUCAGCUACGAGUCGGCCGGUGAGAUUGUGCGGCUCACCACACCCGGCUUCUCCCACAGCUGCUCCAUGAGCCAGAACUUCGACAUGUUCGUGAGUCACUACAGCAGUGUGAGCACACCACCCUGCGUGCACGUGUACAAGCUGAGCGGCUCUGAUGAUGACCCACUGCACAAGCAGCCACGCUUCUGGGCCAGCAUGAUGGAGGCAGCCAGCUGUCCCCCGGACUACGUGCCCCCGGAGAUUUUCCACUUUCAUACCCGCGCCGACGUGCAGCUCUACGGCAUGAUCUACAAGCCGCACACCCUGCAGCCAGGAAGGAAGCACCCCACUGUGCUCUUUGUCUAUGGGGGCCCACAGGUGCAGCUGGUGACCAACUCCUUCAAAGGCAUCAAGUACCUUCGGCUGAACACUCUGGCGUCCCUGGGCUACGCCGUGGUGGUGAUCGAUGGCCGGGGCUCCUGCCAGCGGGGCCUGCGAUUUGAGGGAGCCCUGAAAAACCAGAUGGGACAGGUGGAGAUCGAGGACCAGGUGGAAGGCUUGCAGUAUGUGGCCGAGAAGUAUGGCUUCAUUGACCUCAGCCGUGUUGCCAUCCAUGGCUGGUCCUAUGGUGGCUUCCUCUCGCUCAUGGGGCUCAUCCACAAGCCACAAGUGUUCAAGGUAGCCAUUGCGGGUGCUCCCGUCACUGUGUGGAUGGCGUAUGACACAGGGUACACAGAACGGUACAUGGAUGUCCCUGAAAACAACCAGCAAGGCUAUGAGGCAGGGUCUGUGGCCCUGCAUGUGGAGAAGCUGCCCAAUGAGCCUAAUCGCCUGCUCAUCCUCCAUGGCUUCCUGGAUGAGAACGUCCACUUUUUUCACACAAACUUCCUCGUGUCCCAGCUGAUCCGGGCAGGGAAGCCUUAUCAACUCCAGAUCUACCCCAACGAGAGACACAGCAUCCGCUGCCCGGAGUCCGGGGAGCACUACGAGGUGACAUUGCUGCACUUCCUGCAGGAGCAUCUGUGACCUCCGACCUCUGCCCUAACGCCGUCGCUGCUUUUCUUGCGUUUUGUAAUCUUUUAGUUUUUGAAGCUUUCGAUUUGUUUGCUUGCUGCUGCUGCUUGGGGGCCAGGACAGAGGCGGUGGAGGCCCCCCCCCCGCCCCC